AUGCUUAAAGAAUGUGAAAAAACUAUAAAUAAUAUCAAUACUAUCUACUCCAAGGAGGAAAGGUAUUUAUUAAGCAUUACUGAGCUGAUGCUACCAUGUUCACUGUAUGAUGAAUUGGGAGGUGGUGUUGAACUACCCUUAAGAAGUGCCUCUACAACUUACACUUCAGAUAUUACAAGUAUGACAAAAGCUUCACAGUAUAACCUCUGGACAAAGCAAAUGGAACUUCGUUAUGGUGAGGUUUUGGAAAACCUUACGACUAGAGAAGCUAUUCAUAAAGAUGUUUACCUUACUGAAGACGAAAUGAUGCAGUUUAAUGAGGAUAUUAGACAGGAUUGUCGCGGUAAGAAGGUACGGCGAGGCAUUCCUCCAUUUAUAUUCCUUAAAGGUCAAUCAGAAGUAGGGAGUCUCAUAGAUGCAAAUUUUCUUCUCACUGAUGAUCAUGAACAGUUUCAUUACAUGCAACGCUAUAAAAAUUUUCCCAAUUCCAAUUCAUUAGAAUAUGUUAAGGAAAUGAUUCAGCCAUAUAUCGAAUUAAUGGAUGACAUGGCAAAAGAAAUAGCGGAGCGUAGACAAAGAAAGGAGCAGCAUAAUUCUCAAGGUAAAACGCCUGCAUCCUAUAUAUCUACCGGAACUAAAACAGGAAGCCACUGCGGAAGUAACAGUCAGACUAAGGUAUCCAGUUCCAUAAGCAGCAUAUUUAACAGAGGCCCAGUUAAAAAAUGGCUAACCCUGUGGUCAAGGAUGAAACAGCGGAUAAGAUUACUAAACGACUGUAGCCUAGUCCUGGACACUACAGUUAGAAUUAUCAAGAAAAAAAUCUAG